GCCCUUUGGAACUGUGCUUUCAAAUGAGAUUGAAACGAGGACAGUUGGACAAAUAAAUUUUACGCACAAAUGACAGAUGAGGCUCAUUUACUCAUUGAAGCUUGGCAGUUGGGUUUUUAAACUCUGAACUAAGUAGUUUUUUCACUAUAUAUAAUACAGGUGCUCAUUGCUCUACUUGCUCGUCUUUCUUUCUUUAAUUUAUUUAAGCGAAUUGUUUGCAAUGAGUGGUGUUGUUCGUGGAGUAGUGAUUACUGUGUUUUGUGUGUUGGUUUUCAAUGGUUUAGUUUUGGGUGAUAAUGGUAAAGGUGUUGAUGAUGAUAAACACCUUUUUCAUCGUCCACGUUUGUUUAAAAGAGGCGGUUUAGGCCAUGGGUUUGGUGGAGGCAUUGGUGGUGGUGGUGGAUUUGGUCAUGGGGGUGGUCUUGGUGGAGGUGGUGGGCUUGGUCAUGGUGGUGGUCUUGGUGGAGGUGGUGGAUUUGGUCAUGGGGGUGGUCUUGGUGGAGGUGGUGGGCUUGGUCAUGGUGGUGGUCUAGGUGGAGGAGGAGGGCUAGGUCAUGGGGGCGGAGUAGGUGGAGGUGGAGGUGGAGGGCUAGGUGGAGGUGGAGGUGGAGGUGGAGGAGGAGGAGGAGGACUUGGUGGGGGUGGAGGAUUAGGUGGUGGAGCAGGUGGAGGGGGAGGUCUUGGUGGGGGUGGAGGCUUCGGUGGCGGUGCAGGAGGUGGAUUUGGUGGAGGUGGAGGUGUGGGUGGAGGGUUUGGAGCUGGUGGGGGUUUUGGGAAAGGUGUUGGCAUUGGUGGUGGAGUUGGUGGAGGAGGUGGUGGUGGUUUCGGUGGGGGUGGUGGGUUUGGCGGUGGAGCAGGAUUUGGAGCCGGUGGAGGCGGCCGCUAAACAGCAUGCAAUCAUCACCUACGUUGCCGAGUGAUUCCUUAACUCUUAUAGUAUUAUUAGCAAAUGUCAGUACGUAAAACCAAAAAAAGAAAACAAUGCUCAUUGGCUUAAUGAAAUAUUCUUCUUCUCCUUCACGUUAAUGUAUGCAUGGUUAGCCUAUAAAUUGUGUAAUAUUCUGAUGAACGCAAUGAAGAAGUACAUAUUUCUUCGUGCA